AUGAGCGACCCUGGGAAGGCCACAGCCACUCAUGGAUUGGAGAUACGUGGGGAAAUGUUUACUGAUCCCGAUGCACAUUUGAGCGAGGAGGAGAGGGCGAAGUUGGUGAGUCUUUUGUCUGGUCUUGACUUACUCUCUCAAAACGUACUUACACAGAAACAGGAGCACAGGCUGGCACAGCUUUGUAUCCUUUAUCUUCUUGCUUUCCUUGACAGAACAAACAUUGGGAAUGCUAAGAUUGCCGGUUUGAAUGAAGACCUGCAUUUGACGCAGAGGCAGUAUAAUGCAACUCUUACCAUCUUCUUCGUCUCAUAUGCUGUGUUCGAGCCCUUGACAAACAUCCUGCUCAAACGAUUGCGGCCAUCGAUCUUUAUCCCUGUCAUCAUGAUCCUGUGGGGAACAUGUAUGGUCAGCAUGGGUUUCGUGCACAACUGGGAAGGAUUAAUGGUAGCGCGAUGGUUUCUAGGCCUUACCGAAGCCGGAUUAUUUCCGGGAGUCAAUUAUUACCUCUCCUGCUGGUACAGACGGUCAGAGUUCGGAAUUAGGGCUGCUGUCUUCUUCUCAGCGGCCGCGUUGUCAGGCUCAUUCGGAGGCGCGCUCGCCGCAGGGCUUGAGCAGAUGAACGGAAUCGGGAACCUGGCUGGAUGGUCGUGGAUAUUUAUUCUCGAGGGCCUACUGACUGUCGUCUUCGGCGUUGCUUCUUUUUGGAUGGUUCAUGAUUUCCCGGACGAGGCCAAGUUUCUGUCUCCGGACGACCGCGCCCGCGUCAUUCGCCGAUUGAAAGCGGACCAGCAGGCCUCUGCCGUCUACGAAGAGUUCAAGAUGAAGUAUUUUUGGCAAGCUAUGGCCGACUGGAAAAUGUGGAUGGCGAUGGUUAUCUAUAUGGGUUGCGACAUGCCACUAUACGCCUUCAGCUUGUUUUUACCAACCAUUAUCAACGACCUUGGCUGGAAUACUAGUACCGUUCGAUCUCAGCUCAUGACCGUUCCACCUUAUGCUGUUGCCGCAGUAUUUACGAUAAUCGUUGGGUGGGUGGCCGACAAGACCCGCCAGCGUGGCCUUUGUAACGUCUUUGUCAGCUUGAUUGGCAUUGCUGGCUUUGUGAUACUCAUUACUACGGAGAGCCCGAAGGUCAAGUACGCAGGAACCUUUCUCGGCGCCAUGGCACUGUAUCCUUGCAUCAGCAAUACAAUUACGUGGGUUGCCAAUAAUACUGAAGGCGUAUACAAGCGGGGAGUAGUGUUGGGAUUUGUCAUCGGCUGGGGAAAUCUAAGUGGAAUCAUAAGUUCGAAUAUCUAUUUCAACGGACCUCAGUUCACCGAGGGUCAUGGCGUUGUGCUGGCUUACUUGUCUCUUUGUUUGUGCUUAGGCAGUCUACUCAUGACUGUCUCAUUGAAGGUGGAGAAUGCGAAGCGGAAGCAAGGCAAAAGGGAUCAUUGGGCUGUUGGGAAAACUGAAAAGGAGAUUGAGGCACUCGGAGACAUGAGACCGAGGUUUCAGUAUACUCUAUGA